AUGUCCGACCUCCGACGUAGAGCACUCGGAGGCGGGAAAACCCCUUCUAAACGUGCUUCUCUAUCUAAAUCCGGCUCUAAAUCGACCUCAAAAGCCGGCUCGAAGGCAAAUUCUACUGCUGCAUCAAGACAUGGAACCGACGACGAAGGCGCUUACGAUAGCGACGGAUCCGUCUGGAGGUACGUUGCCGUACCCGCCGUCCCGGAGAUCCAGGAUCUUGGACUCGAAGCUGAUGAUGAUAACCUCCUCUGUAGUUUUGGUUCCCUCGGCGAUGAGCUACGUAAUCUUGAGGAUGUUCCUCAGACGAGCAGCUGGCAGGAGGAGUUGGGCGAUCGAAUCGUUCGUAUCACCGAUAAGGAUAUGAGGAAGAAGCUAGCAACUGGUGGUUUGGAAGAGGCACUCUUGGCCUAUAACCGUCUCCUGCAAUCCAAAUUCACUAGCAGCGAGCUACAAGGAAAGACGAACAACAUCAUUGAUGCUCUUUCGAAGAGUAUCAAAGCUGGCAAGACGGAUAAGGAAUCCACGCUAGCCUGCCAAGCAUUGGUCCUCACCCUCAUCACUGACGUGGACUGCACCACCUUUGGAGAGUUCAACACUCCUCUUCAACGUCUCAUUACGGACCACGAAUCGUUAGUCGUCAAGACAGCGGCUAUCCACGCCCUCGGAGCCUUGGCUUUCUUCACUGAUGUCUCCACAGACGAUAUCGAAACGAUCAUGGAUUUCUUCCAUGAAAUCGUCGAGAAUGACGGUCAUAACAUCGGAGCCGGUGACGACGGUGCCACUGUCGCAGCUGCAAUUGAAGAGUGGGGUUUACUCCUCACUUCUCUCGAUGACGCCGAGGAAGUCACUGAUCGUUCCGCCGAGGCCUUCGUUGAUCAACUCGAGUCAACCGAAAUCGAGGUCCAAGUCGCAUCCGGCGAAGUCCUCGCCUUGAUGACCGAGAAGGCGUAUCGCGAGCCAAGCAGCGAAGACGAAGACAGCGAGGAUGACCACGGCAUUGAUGAUGAAGACUUCCACAACCGCUUCGUCAUCACCCCCGCCGAGGACACUCGUCCACCAAUUCAAAAGUACACUGUAUACCGCAACCAACCACAUCUCAAGCAAAUCCUGACAAACCUCUCGAAAUCCUCGACCAAGAGUGUUUCCAAGAAGAACCGCCGCACCCAACACGCAACUUUUGCCAACGUUCUUCACACUGUUAACUUCCCUCUCCACGGACCUAAUUAUUCCCGUGCAUUGGACCUCGAAGGUCGUGAACAAGGCAGUCGUCUUGAGGUUAAAGUUGGCCGAAAGGGUAUUGUCAAGUUGAAUACUUGGUGGAAACUCAUUCGCUGGAACGCCCUCCGUCGUUUCCUCGGUGGUGGAAUCCUCGUCCACUGGCAAGAAAACCCAGUUAUCUUUGAGAGUCUCCCGCUAAUCAUGGACGCCGCGCCAACCAACCACAAGAAAGCUAGUGGUAGAGUUGACCGCAUGCUUACUCCUUUUGACUAG